CCCUUCUAUCAGUUUAGUCCUCAUCCCCUCCACCCCGCGCCUUUUCUACCUCAGCGCCCAGCUCUUCUGCGGGCCCCUGCUCAGCUUUCUUCUCGCCGCCUCUCCCGGGGAGGUCCACAAUCAUCCGGGGUUUUGUAGCAGCAUCAGUAGCGGCGGCAGCAGCCCCAGGCCACUACGAGAAUCACUGGACGCCCCGCCCCCUUCUCAUAUCUCGCCCAAUGAUAAGCGGGCCGGUGUAAGCGGGAGCCUUGGGCGGUGACUUCCGAUUCGAUUGAUCGAUAGGUUUACCAAUAGAAGGACGAAGUGAGACUUGAGUCUUACCAAUCCGGAGGCAGAGGCGGGACGGUGCAGGCGCAGAGUGCGGGGCUUUGGUAGAAGAUGAUUUAAAGAGACAGAAGCCGCCGGGGCCUUAGCGGACGGUCCCCGAGACCUUUCGCACCUUUGAGUCAUCGGGACCCCGGUCCCUAUAGCCGGGAAGAUGGUUUGUGGUGGUUUUGCCUGCUCCAAGAAUGCUUUGUGUGCGCUCAACGUGGUCUAUAUGCUGGUGGGGUUGCUGCUGAUCGGUGUGGCGGCCUGGGGUAAGGGUCUGGGGUUGGUGUCCAGCAUCCACAUCAUCGGGGGAGUCAUCGCCGUGGGUGUCUUCCUCCUCCUCAUUGCCGUGGUUGGUCUCAUCGGUGCGGUCUAUCACCACCAAGUCCUGCUUUUCUUUUAUAUGAUCAUACUUGGUUUGGUUUUUAUCUUCCAAUUUGGAAUCUCUUGUUCCUGUCUGGCAAUUAACAGAAACACACAGAAAGAUGUCAUCAGCACUUAUUGGAUGGUCAUGACUAACAAGACCCGGAAUGAACUAGAGACAAGUUUGGAUUGCUGUGGCCUCUUCAACUCCACCACCUUAUACUUCCAGGACUAUGCUUUCUGCACUGCACAUUGUAAGACCCAUAGUCCAAAGUGCCAAGUUUGUGGAGACAAAUUUCUUAAGCAUUCAGAUGAAGCACUGAAAAUUCUGGGGGGUGUUGGACUCUUCUUCAGCUUUACAGAGAUCCUAGGUGUGUGGCUAGCAAUGAGAUUCCGGAAUCAGAAGGACCCUCGUGCAAACCCCAGUGCCUUCCUAUAAAGAUCUGAUGCUUCUGACCCUUCUUUUCCCUACUCAGUCAUGGUGGGGAUCUUGGGGCCUUUUCCAUGUAAGGAAAUAGGAAGAGGCUAUUCUUUGCUAUAACCCCUAAGCCGAUUGGACAGUUAGGCUCCUGUCCUUGAAAUGACGUUCAUGGGGGAUAGGCAGAGUUGGGAAGAUUCUGAA